AGCAGGUGGAGCAGUACAUGUCGUUCCACAAGCUUCCAGCAGACGUCAGGCAGAAAAUCCACGAGUAUUAUGAGCAUCGAUACCAAGGCAAGAUGUUUGAUGAGGAUAACAUUCUGGGAGAGCUGAGCGAGCCCUUAAAGGAGGAGAUCGUGAGCUUCAACUGCCGUAGCUUGGUGGCUAACAUGCCUCUGUUCGCUAACGCCGACCCAAACUUCGUGACCGCGGUGCUCACCAAGCUGAAGUUUGAGGUGUUUCAGCCCAAUGACUUCAUCAUCCGCGAGGGAACCGUCGGCCGUAAGAUGUACUUCAUCCAGCACGGACGGGUCAGCGUCCUCACUCGAGGAAACAAGGAGACCAAACUCAGCGACGGCUCUUACUUCGGUG